CGUCAACUCGAGCGACUCUGUUCUGGUGCCGUGGCCCGACAAACCGCUGCACCCAGCUGAGCUGGUUAACGUGAGAGUUCGAUCUCAUGGACAACCAGGGCAGCCUUCAACCCCAUGGUCUACCGCGAUGAAGGUUGAGACUGGGCUUCUCAAUGAAUCGGAUUGGGGCAAUGCGGUUCCCAUCGCAGCUGAGCGCCAGACAGAGGUUGAUGGGCCCAAGCGACCGAUUUACUUCCGACAAUCAUUUGCCAUCGACCAAGAUAUUAUUUCUGCGAGGCUUUACAUUACCGCGCUUGGCCUAUACGAGGCAGAGAUCAACGGAGCUCGCGUGGGUGAUAAAGUACUUGCACCGGGCUGGCAAUCAUAUAACCACCGACACGCUUACGACACGCACGACGUGACUGAGCUGGUGAAACGCGGUGUGAAUGGGAUCGGCGUGGUCGUGGGUGAGGGCUGGUACUCCGGUAUCCUCACUGCAGCGGGAAAUUAUCGCAACAACUACGGUGACACGCUAGGUCAUCAGGCCCUGCUAGUAGUUACGCUUCGCAAUGGAACGCGGGUUGAGAUUCCCACGGAUACACAAUGGCAGGCGACUACCGGCCCUCUGGUCUUGUCGGAGAUCUAUAACGGCGAAAAAUACGAUUCUCGGCUGGAAACAAGAUUGAAGGGCUGGUCCACGGGGCAAUUCGAUUCCAGUAACUGGCUGCCAGUCAAAGAGCUAGACCAAUUGCAAGGCGCCCUGGUCCCCUUGGAUGGUCCCCCUGCUAAAAGAACGCAGGAAAUACAACCUCAAAAGAUCUUCAAGUCCCCUUCAAACAAAACGGUUGUUGACUUUGGCCAGAACUUAGUGGGCUGGGUCCAGUUGAAUGUGGCCGGUCCAGCUGGUACGAAUAUCAUACUGCGACAUGCUGAGGUUCUUGAAAUGGGCGAGUUAGCUCUACGUCCGCUUCGUCGCGCAUCCGCAACCGAUUGGCUCGUUCUCCAUGGAAAUGGUACGCAGACCUGGGAGCCUCGAUUCACAUACCAUGGAUUCCGCUACGUACAGGUCGACGGAUGGCCGGCAUCAUGGACCCCGUUGGAUGGGAACUCGAUCAGAGCCAUCGUCGUACAUACUGACAUGGAGCGGACAGGAUGGCUCAAAAGUUCCAACGAGCUGCUUAACAAGUUUCACGACAACGUUAUAUGGUCCAUGAGGGGAAACUUUGUCUCUUUGCCUACGGACUGCCCCCAACGGGAUGAGCGACUUGGCUGGACAGGAGAUGCUCAUGCGUUCGGGCCCACGGCGAAUUACCUCUACGAUGCAUCGGGAUUCUGGCGUGGCUGGCACCGAGAUAUUUGGUCGGAAAUGCAGCGCGAGAACACGAUGGCUGUGCCAUAUUUCGUCCCCGUCAUCCCGCCCGAGAUCGACAGAACCGCAUGGAACCCGUCCAAGCCCUCGGCCAUCUGGGGUGAUGUUGCUGUAGGUGGGCCCUUCAAUCAUUACUUGGCUUACGGGGAUAUCGGGAUGUUGCGCGAACAAUACGAUCAGGCGCGCGCAUGGAUUGAUUCGGGAAUUCCACGACAUGAGUCAGGGCUCUGGCAACAUAACACCUACCAGUUUGGAGACUGGUUGGAUCCAAAGGCCCCUGUGGAUGACCCAGGCGAUGCAACGACAAACAAAUACUUGGUAGCAGACGCUUACCUGGUUCGGAUGACCGAAUACAUCGCCAACAUCUCUCUCGCGCUUGGUAACCAGGAAGCAGCCGUAACAUACACAAAGCAGCAUCAAAGCCUCAUCGAGGCCUUCCGAUCAGCAUGGAUAUCCAACGGAACGAUGGCCAACCAGACCCAAACUGCAUACGCGCUAGGCCUCCAGUUCGGACUCUUCGCCAAAGGCAGAGAACAAGACUCAGCAGCUUCAAACUUACGAAAGCUAAUCGCAGAGAAUGAUCACCUCGUCGGCACUGGGUUCGCCGGCACACCAGCUCUCGGAUUCGCGUUAGCCGCGAACAACGCAACGGAGGACUUCUACAGCAUGCUACUGCAAACGAAGGUCCCAUCAUGGCUCUACCAGGUUGUCCAGGGUGGUACAACGACAUGGGAACGUUGGGAUAGUUUACUUCCCGAUGGCAGCGUUAACCCAGGCGAGAUGACUAGUUUCAAUCACUACGCGUUCGGGUCCAUCGCUGACUGGAUGCAUCAGGUCAUCGGCGGCCUAGCCCCCGCCGAACCUGGAUGGAAACGUGUUGCCGUUGCUCCUUUACCUGGUGGAAACAUAACGAGUGCGGAAGGAAGAUAUCUUAGUCCAUAUGGAGAGGUCCGCUCGCAAUGGUGGCUUAAUCAACAGGGCCGGUUCAGGUUGAAGGUCCAAGUUCCGCCAAAUAGUAGAGCCACGGUGACCUUGCCAUUCAGCAAGGUAGUUAAGGAAGUUGGGUCUGGACAGUAUGAGUUUCAAGAUAUCAAGCGAGGGAAUGUCUACUAG